GGGGGGGUUACUUUAAGGUCACGUGCUCCACACGAUCCCCAUUGGUUCCCCGCUGCGGUGCCCCAGUCAUAAAGUCUCCCCACGAUCCCUCAGCUCCCUUUUUGUCAUCGCAGUUGGAACCCGAGGCAAGAGGGGCUGGGCGAGCGGAGAUCGAUUGGCGUGCACCAAGGCAAGGCGAGCACCAUGGGGAAGGAGAAGAUCCACAUCAACAUCGUGGUCAUCGGCCACGUGGACUCGGGGAAGUCGACCACCACGGGGCACCUCAUCUACAAGUGCGGCGGCAUCGACAAGAGGACUAUCGAGAAGUUCGAGAAGGAGGCGGCAGAGAUGGGCAAGGGCUCGUUCAAGUACGCGUGGGUGCUGGACAAGCUGAAGGCGGAGCGUGAGCGAGGCAUCACCAUCGACAUCUCGCUGUGGAAGUUCGAGACGCAGAAGUUCUACAUCACCAUCAUCGAUGCACCAGGACAUCGCGACUUCAUUAAAAACAUGAUCACCGGCACCUCGCAGGCGGACUGCGCCGUGCUCAUUGUGGCUGCCGGCGUGGGCGAGUUCGAGGCGGGCAUCUCGAAGAGCGGCCAGACGCGCGAGCACGCCCUGCUCGCCUACACGCUGGGGGUGAAGCAGAUGGUCGUGGGGGUCAACAAGAUGGACUCGACGGAGCCCCCGUACAGCGACCGGCGCUUCGACGAGAUCGUCAAGGAAGUGAGCGCCUACAUCAAGAAGAUCGGAUACAACACCGGCUCCGUGGCCUUCGUGCCCGUGUCGGGCUGGCACGGCGACAACAUGCUGGAGGCCAGCCCCAACAUGCCGUGGUUCAAGGGCUGGAAGGUCGAGCGCAAGGAGGGCAACUCUGUGGGAGUGACUCUGCUGGAGGCGCUGGACAGCAUUCUGCCUCCCUCUCGACCCACGGACAAGCCCCUGCGGCUGCCUUUACAAGACGUCUACAAGAUCGGCGGCAUCGGCACGGUGCCCGUGGGCCGCGUGGAGACCGGAGUGCUCAAGCCGGGCAUGGUGGUGACCUUCGCUCCGGUGAACAUCACCACGGAGGUGAAGUCUGUGGAGAUGCACCACGAGGCGCUCACAGAGGCCCUGCCGGGGGACAACGUCGGAUUCAACGUCAAGAACGUCUCCGUCAAGGACGUGAGGCGAGGUAACGUGACAGGUGACAGCAAGAACGACCCCCCCAUGGAGGCCGCAAACUUCACAGCACAGGUGAUCAUCUUGAACCACCCGGGCCAGAUCUCUGCGGGCUACGCCCCGGUGGUGGACUGCCACACAGCUCACAUCGCCUGCAAGUUCGCCGAGCUGCGUGAGAAGAUCGAUCGCCGCUCGGGCAAGAAGUUGGAGGAGAACCCCAAGAGCCUCAAGAGCGGGGACGCCGCCAUCGUCAUCAUGGUGCCCGGCAAGCCCAUGUGUGUGGAGAGCUUCGCCAAGUACCCACCACUCGGGCGCUUUGCGGUGCGCGACAUGAGGCAGACGGUGGCCGUGGGGGUCAUCAAGCAGGUGGAGAAGAAGGUCGCCUCGCAGGGGAAAGUCACCAAGUCGGCACAGAAGGUGCAAAAGACGAAGUGACGUGGGGGUGGUGGGGGUGGUGGAGGUGGU